UCGCAUAUACGAUCUUUCAUCAUCCGUCACAACAGCAUCAUUUUAUUCCUGGUGGCUAACCUAUCCUUCUGAAGCUUAACCUCUUAGUGGCAUGACAUGACAGACGUCAAAGGGCUAGACCGGCCUUGACUGUUCUAGUUUUACUCUUCCAGAGGGAUCCUUGGCGUGAACAUCGCUUGCGGUAAAGACGUUUUGCAUAAGGUUGCCACACGAUAUGCAACGUUUCUGCAAGCAUACCUUCAGGUAUAAAAACACUGAAGGAUCCUGUCUCAGGUAGCCUUCUUGUACCCUGUACACAAAGACGUUGAGAUCAUUAAGUCUUCGUCGUAAAGCUCGACUUACACUUCACAGGCUUCCGUUAUAACCACAACAUUUAAAAAAGAUGCAUUUGAAGACCAUCCUUGUCGUCCUGGCAGCAGCUUCCACGGCAUCUGCUGCGUGUACCUCUACCGAGGUAGAAACAUGUUCGAAGGAGUGCACUUGCCAUUGUACUUUCACCCUCGCAGUGGCAAGCAACAAUCCCGGUUGUCCGAAUCCGCCAAACAAUCACUUUAAUUGCCCUGCGGGCCAGCCAUUUACCAAAACGGUGGGCUGUGGUGAGCCAUGCGAUUGCGAAUCAAGCUGCCCAGGACAAGCACCAGCCCCAAUUUGCAGUGUGGGCCAACCUGCUUGUGAUCAGGACAUUAGCAGGUGCGGUCAGCCCACCUGUGCCUGUUAAUUAGCAAGUGUCAAUGGCGAAGGCUAGGAGGCGAAGUGAAGGAACCCUAUAGAGGAGAGAUAACAUCAAACCUUGCAAAAAGGGAAAAAAAAAAGGGUUUGUGUAUGUGAACUUGGGGAGGACGAUAUUGUUUCUGCGACUAGUAUGUAUGUGACGUCUAUCGCACUCGAAACGCAAUUGGAAUGGAGCUUUCUCUCGUUUACUAGGAUAAUAGUCUUGAGUAUCGCUGCUAGGUUAGUGGAAUGAACUGCAACUUCUGUCUUGGAA